CGCCAGGACGCCCCCUUCUGGAACGAGUGACAGACUGCUCUUCUUGCAGUCGUCGUGCAGCGACGUUUCGUGCACGUCAGGGGAAGGCACCGUGCACAAGUGUGCAGGCUGGGUCCACAGUAAACCCAGAAUACAGCACCAGGACAAACCUCACCCUCCCCGGACGGCCGCGGGGAUUCGACGGAACCCGCCCCCAGACGGUCUGCGGGGUCCUCGUCCACAACGUGACGCGCCGCCUGUGGAAAGUACAAGAAAGUCCUACCAGCGGUCGGCCGAGAGAUGUCACCCUGCCCUCGGCGUUGUUACCCCGGAGCAGAGCAGCAGCGGCACGGCUCAGCCUUAAACCCGCACACGGUCUCGGAGGCAGCCAGAGGCAGUCGGCCAGUCCGCCCGGUUCAGACACCCUGCGGGUUUUUCUACACGGUGCGUCGUCGCGAGGGAUUCCGGACCCGCCGGUUCGCCGCGUGUAAGACCGAGUCCCGGGUCGCCUCUCGGGACACGUGGCCGCUGGAAUCCUGCGGAUUACCGCUGCUUGUCCAAUCAGCGUUACCGAGAGUAAACAGGUCAGGCAAGAGAAAGGCGCCCCCCCCCCCCAACCUCCACCUCCUCCACCUCCGCCUCCUCCAACUUACUACAGAGAAACGAACGCCAUGGCUGCCACCCUCAUCCUGCUUCUCAGCCUACUGCCCGUCAUGACUGUUUCUGUGGAGGACACGGCCUCGGAUCAAGCAGUGCUUCCCGAGCAGCGCCCCCGUCUCUCGGGCUGUGUCUCUGUCAACAUGGAGACUUUCCACUGCAGAUGGAAUGUCGGAACUUUCCAGAACCUCUCGCAGCCUGGACGCCUGAGACUGCUGUACACCACCGAAAUCAUCAAUGAGUGGAGUGAGUGUCCCCACUACAGCUCUGACAGAGAAAAUGAAUGCUUCUUCAGUGAGAACUACACAACCAUCUGGAAGUACUAUAAAGUACAGCUUCGCUCGGAGGAUCAAACGGUGCUUUAUGACGAGGAUCGCUUCACCGUUGAAAACAUUGUGCGACCAGAUCCACCAGUCAGGCUAAACUGGGCACUUCUGAAUAUGAGUUUGACUGGGACUCACUUUGACGUACUGAUGAACUGGGAGCCACCACAAACUGCAGAUGUGCAUAUGGGUUGGAUGAGACUGCAGUAUGAGGUCCAAUACCGGGCGGUUGGCUCGGACCGGUGGAAAGAGGUCGGCCUCGAUAAGGACACGCAGCGUUCACUCUACGGGCUUCAGACUAAUGUGGACCAUGAGGUCAGAGUAAGGUGCAGGAUGCUUGGGUUCAUACAGUUUGGAGAAUUCAGUGAUUCUCUGUUCAUCCAUGUGCCAUCAAAAGCGUCUAGAUUCCCUGUUGGUGUCGUCCUCAUCUUUGCUGCCUUGUGUUUGGUGGGUGUCCUGAUGCUGAUCAUUGUCUCCAAGCAGCAGAAGCUGAUGGUCAUUCUUUUACCUCCUGUUCCUGGACCUAAAAUUGGAGGGAUUAACCCAGAACUACUCAAGAAAGGCAAGCUGGCUGAAAUGACGUCCAUCCUGUGUGACCACCAUAACUUGAGGCCCGAUCUGUACAACAACGACCCUUGGGUGGAGUUCAUCGAACUGGAUAUCGAGGAGCCCAGCGAUAGGUUGACGGACAUGGAUACCGACUGUCUUAUGGACCGUCCGUCCCCCAGUUGUUUGCCCCUGUCCAUUGGCUUCGGAGAUGACGAUUCGGGCCGUGCUAGCUGCUGUGACCCGGAACUCUCCUGUGACCCCGAGGCGUCUCCGUUCCACUCGCUUCUCUCAAACCGCAGCCCCAACACAACCGCGUCUGUUGGUGCGGAGGCCUCAGAGCCUAUUUCCCCCAUCCAAACCCCUGCUCCUGGUGAAGGCCCCAGGGCAGUUCCUGGCAGAGAGGACCUGUACGCCCAAGUUACUGAGGUGAGACCAUCUGGAGACGUGCUGUUAACGCCUGAGGAGCAGAAGGAGCCAGAGAAGACCGCAAGUGGAGUUACAGAGGUAGGAGUGAAGGAUGGGGAGGAGAAACAAAAUGGGAUGAAAGAGCAUCAGCCGCUGGUAAUGAACACAAAUGAUGGCGGGUACACCUCCAAGGUAUAUGUUGGUGAAAUUAGACCUGAACUGUCCUCAGAGGAAACUAGUGAACCUUGUGAGGGAGAAAACUCACUUUCUGUGCACUCUCAGGUUGUGCAGGACUACCAGAGGCCAUAUCUCAAAUCAGAUCUGACCCCCAUGCCCUCGCUUUCCCCUGCCACCGUCUACACCAUGGUGGAAGGGGUCGACAGGAAGAACAGUCUCCUGCUAACACCAAACCCAGCACCCGCCCUCCAGCUUACCACGCCAAAGGCCAUGCCCACCCCAGACGGGUACCUGACCCCUGACUUUUUGGGAGACAUCACACCAUAGAUGAACGGUGCACUGUUGAUAGCUGAGGGUAAUCCUUCAAAGGUAGUAUAGGGCGGGGAAAAGUCUGAGGGUGACAAAGUGUCAAGGAACAGUGACCAGGAGAAUUCGGGCAUGUCUUAGGGAGCUCAGAUGCCUUUUGCUACACAACAUCAUGAGGUUGACUUCAGCUGAGACGUUGCUAACCAACACAAAAAAAUUACAAGUUCACAAAGAAAUUGCCAACGGAAAGCAUGUUGACAGUCGGUAUUACUGCCACUUAAGAUCGACAUACCUUCAGUUGUCACCUUCUUCAGGUUCGGAAAGUAGCAGGGCUUGCUGUUUAGCAAACAGUCUGACAAUGCACUUGAAGAAAAGAAUCAAAGAAAUAAUGAGAAAUUAUAGUAUUAGGGCUUCCGGGUAGCGUAGCGGUAUAUUCCAUUGCCUACCACCACGCGGACCGUCAGUUCGAAUCCCCGUGUUAACCUCCGGCUUGGUCGGGCAUCCCUACAGACACAGUUGGCCGUAUCUGCGGGUUGGAAGCCGGAUGUGGGUAUGUGUCCUUGUUGCUGCACUAGUGCCUCCUCUGGUCAGUCGGGGGGCCUGUCUGGGGUGGGAAGGGGAACUGGGGAGAAUAGCGUGAUCCUCCCACGCAUUGUGUCCCCCUGGCGAAACUCCUCACUGUCAGGUGAAAAGAAGCGGCUGGUGACUGCACAUGUAUGGGAGGAGGCAUGUGGUAGUCUGCAGCCUUCCCCGGCUUGGCAGAGGGGGUGGAGCAGAGACCGGGACGGCUCGGAAGAGUGGGGUAAUUGGACAGGUACAAUUGGGGAGA